AUGGCGGAAGCAAUCCCAGAGACUAUGAAAGCGGUGGUGUUUCACGGGCCGAAGAAGGUCGCCGUGGAGGAGAGGCCUGUUCCUAAGAUUAACCACCCCCUCGACGUCCUCGUCAAAGUAACCGCCACCGCCCUCUGCGGCUCCGAACUUCACGUCUACCGCGGCCACCAACCCUCCCCAACAGGCUUCAUCAUGGGCCACGAAUUCGUAGGCCACAUCGUCGCCCUCGGCUCAGCCGUUACGUCCCUCAAAAUCGGCGACAAGGUCGUCUCCCCCUUCACAACCUCCUGCAUGAACUGCUUCUACUGCAACCUAGGCUACUCCUCCCGCUGCGCCCACUCCCUGUUAUUCGGCUCCGAAAAGUUAGACGGCGCCCAGGCCGCGUACGUCCUCGUCCCGUUCGGCCCAGGAACCCUAACCGUCGCUCCCCCGUCUGAUAUCAUCCCCGACCGGGCCCUCAUCCUCAUGGCGGAUAUUUUUCCGACGGGGUACUUUGGCGCAAAGAACGCGUUUAGUCAGCUGCAGAAGCAGGAGGCGACAGAGGCGACGGUGGUGGUUAUUGGGUGUGGGCCUGUGGGGUUGUGUGCGAUCAUCAGUGCGAUGGAGUAUAAACCCAAGAAGCUUUUUGCUGUUGAUGGGGUCAAGUCGAGGUUGGAAUUGGCGAGGGAGCUCGGGGCGGAGCCGUUGGAUUUGAAUGAGCUUGGUAGGGAGGGGAUUGUAAAGAGGGUGAGGGAGGUGACGGAGGGGAGGGGGGCGGACGCGGUGGUGGAGGUUGUGGGGUUGAGUCCUGCGUUGAGGACCGCGUUUGAGGUGUUGAGGCCGUUUGGGGUCGUGAGUAGUAUUGGGGUGCACAAUGGGGAGAUUCCGUGGGGUGGGGAUGAGGCUUAUGGGUGAGUUCUGUGAGAUUACGACUGAAAGAGGGAACAAAAGGCUGACGAUGGGGGAUAAUAGUAAAAACUUGAGGGUUCAAAUGGGACGGUGCCCUGUCAGGUCGAUCUUCGAGGAGGCGCUGCCUGUUCUGGCCAAGAACCAGGAUCGGGUGAGCUUCAUGUUCGACAAGAUCAUGCCCCUUUCCGACGCAGUGGAGGGUUACGACCUCUUUGACAACAUGAAGGUGCAAAAGGUGAUUUUCGAGCCUUAAGUCCUCUCCCUCUCCCCUUUCCACUACUGUCAUAACA